AUAAAACCAGGAGAUAUUUCCUUUUUCUUUCUCCUUUUCCCAUAAUAGUUUAUUAGUGGAGAUUGAGUUGUUAUUUCUCCAAGGAGAUUAUAAGCACAGGGUUUCCUUUUUUGGUACUUUGUUCUGGCAAAAAACAGAAUUUUUGGUACAUUGUGUGUGUGUGUAUAAAUAUAUCCACAUAAUUUAAUUUUAGUGAAAAAGAUUCAAUUUUUGUUUCUCCAAGGAAAGUAUAUAGGACUUGUGUAUACAAGAAACUGUUCCUAUAUAUAUAUAUAUACACUUAAAAGUCGGCUUGCCGUUCGAAUGCAUGCUAAUGUGCUCUUUCUGGUUCGGUUUUUCGAUUUACUGCGAAAGAAACUAAAAUGUAUAUUGCAAUGAGAUUGACGAAGAAACCCGACAUUUGUUUCAAGGCAUGAGAACUAAACUUCAACCUUGGGUAGAUCUGUUGACUAAAGCUCCACAAAAUUAUUACUUUGCUGUGAGUCCACUGAGAACUCAUCACCAGGGCCAUCAAGAAUCGGGAUUCGGUUUUUCCAUGGAUAGAAUGUUCGAGUUGCAGAAAAUCGAGUCGAUGAGGAAAAUGAUGCUGAUACAAGAAGAAAUUUUCAAACAGCAGGUUCAGGAGCUUCACCGGCUAUACAAUCUCCAAAAGAAACUAAUGCAAGAACUCGAAAAGAAUGGACUCAUAAUCCAUCGCAAGGCGAAAACUUUACAUCCCGACUUGAGCAAUAAUCCCACGUUCUCCGCCAGCUGGCACCAAACACGAGCACCACCAACCGAGACAGGACACGAUUUCCAAAUUUUACCGGCAAGAAACAAUCCGUGUAAAAUCGGGCUUCAAAACGACUUGAAAGCAAUAGUACAUGAGGUAAAUGACGUGGAGGUCGAACUAACAUUAGGAAUCGGGCACUGCACAAAGAAAAAAGGCUCGAAAAAUGUUCAAGAAUCGGGUUCUUGUUCGAGAAGGAAUAAUUUAGACGAGUAUUUUUUAGAACCGGGAUUAUCGAUGAACAAUAAUAGCAGCUCGAGUAGCACGGUUUAUCAAGAAAACAAUUCGCGGCCACAUUGGCUUAUUCGGGAUUUAAGCUCUAACGGGACAUGAUUCGUGUGUUCGAAAUUCCGAGGUUUUUAGACAAUUAGGUUCUGUUCUCUCUCUGCCUGACCAGAUUUUUAUACUUGACAUGACAAAAGUUACCAGGUGCUUUGGUUAAUAUAACAACCUCUACUCAGAAGGUCAGUUUCUUUAGCAAACUUAACUGAAAUUUUAAAGGUGAAAUCUUGAUGCAUUAGUUUUCAUCAGGAUAAAAAGAAAACAGUGCUUUUGUAGAUGUUAUCUAAUUCUAGCUUGUAUAAACUCUCUGACAUGUGUUUAGCAUAUGUGGCUAGAUUGGCAUAAGUUUGGACAAUUUUUUUGUUGUUCAGAUAAUGUGAUUUUUCUUUCACCUUGUUACCAUUGUUGUUGUCUUUACUCUUUUGACUUGUGAAUUUUAAUCUGCA